UCACCCUCAUCACUUACUCAGCCGUCACCGCCAUUUCUCCCUCGCACCUUCUCUUACAUUCUCUCUCUGUCGCGAACCCGGUCACCCACGACACGCCUAUUUCGUUGUCGUGUGCAUACAAAUCCUCCGCCCGCGCCAUUUCCGCAACCGCGCCAAGAAGUCAAUAACCACCGCCGAGUGUACUGUGUAUCUUGCAGAUUAUCAUAUAUUGAGUUAACUUGUUAGAUCAUGGCCAAGCAUCAUCCCGAUCUGAUUAUGUGCCGGAAACAACCGGGAAUUGCAAUUGGAAGACUAUGCGAGAAAUGUGAUGGAAAGUGUGUGAUAUGCGACUCAUACGUGAGACCAUGCACUCUUGUGCGGGUUUGCGACGAAUGCAACUAUGGGUCCUUUCAAGGUCGGUGUGUUAUCUGUGGAGGAGUUGGAAUAUCCGAUGCCUACUACUGCAAGGAGUGUACUCAGCAGGAGAAAGACAGAGAUGGGUGCCCUAAGAUUGUUAAUUUAGGGAGUGCCAAGACUGAUUUGUUUUACGAACGUAAGAAAUAUGGUUUUAAGAAAAGAUGAUGAUGAUGCUCAGCUUACUCUGUCUUCAAUGCUGGUGCUGAUGACAUUUUCUUUUUAUGUAAAGGUUAUAAGGAUUGGUUAAUAUUUUGACUUACUAUCGUGUACCAUUGACACUCAAGUUUAAGGAUUGAGACUCAUGUAGAAGAUGGACCAGAGUUUAUAGUGUUCAUUUCUAUAUUGCUACACUGUUAUGUUUGGUAGAAGGUCCUAAGUUUGUACCCCUGUAGACAGUAGUGAUGGUAACAUUUCAUGAUAUAUAUGGUCUUCACUGCA